AUGACAGAUAAAAGAAUAGCGGAGAAGGUGACAGUAAGCCUACCUGAAAAGUUUGAAGCAAAAAUCUCUUCUUUGGAGGACUCAAAAUACCUGACUCAUAUCAUUUUGACUAAGCUGGUCCAUGCUUUACGGCUCCUGAGGCUAGAGGAUGUGAGUGAGGGAGCAAUGUUAGCAGCUCACAAGGGCAAGUCUGUACAAGAAAACAACAAAAGGUUUGCUGGAGAUAAGAAGGGAAAAGAAAGGUCCACUGCUCAGUGGAACAAAGUUGGUGGAAUGAAGAAUUUUCCAGCUUGUUCUCACUGUAAGAAGAAGGGACAUGCGGAGAAUAGAUGUUGGAUCAAAGUGGGAAAUGGAGAGUAUGUGGAAGCAAAAGGGAAAGGAGAUGUUGAUGUCCAGACACCAACAGGUAUGAAGCUAAUCUCUAAUGUACUUUAUGCACCUGAUAUCAAUCAGAGUCUCCUUAGUGUGGGACAAAUGCUGGAAAAGGAUUAUGCAUUGCAUUUUCAAAAUCAAUCAUGCAUAAUCCUGGAUAGUGAGGGAAGUGAGAUUAUGAGAGCAGAGGCUGUCAAUACAGGGGUGUACUUGCGCAACAGACUUCCUACAAGAGCCUUGAUUAGUCAAACACCAUUUGAAGCUUGGAUUGGAGUCAAGCCAGUAGUGGAUAAUUUGAAAGUUUUCAAAAGUGUAUGCUAUGUUCUGGUACCAACUGCAAAAAGAUCAAAGCUAGAAGAUAAAGCUUUGACAAGAAUUUUUAUUGGCUAUAGCAGCAAAUCUAAAGCUUAUAGACUGUACAUUCCUGACUCAAAGAAAAUCCUUGUUUCCAGGGAUGUUACAGUUGAAGAAGAUCCAGGGGAUGAAUCAAAUGAAGAAAUUUCUGUCAGAGGAACAAGAUCUCUAGCUGAUGUGUAUUACAGAUGCAAUGUGGUACAAAUGGAACCUUCAAGCUACUCAGAAGCAUUGAAUGAGGAGAUUUAUAUUGAUCAACCAGAAGGGUAUCAGAUUCAAGGAGAAGAGGGAAAAGUCUACCUGCUGAAGAAGGCCUUAUAUGGCCUAAAACAGGCACUAAGGGCUUGGUAUAGCAGGAUUAAUGACCACCUGCUCAGUUUAGACUUUGUGAGGAGUCCUAAUGAGCACACUCUAUACAUUAGAGAAGUCGAAGAUGAUGUGAUAAUCAUUUCUCUGUAUGUGGAUGAUCUUCUAGUGAUUGGAAGCACGCAUGAUCAAGUGGAGGAAUUCAAAAAAUCCAUGCACAGUGAUUUUGAAAUGACAGACUUAGGGGAAAUGUCAUACUUUCUUCAGAUGGAGAUCGAUUAA